UAGUACGAGCAGAAGCACUCCCAUCGAACAGGCGCAAGUCACCUACUAGAACUAGGCACUACGACAGUGUCGCGGCAGGCUCAGCCUCAGUUCCGUGCGCAGUCCGCUCUAGGCCCGCGAGUCCGACUGUGCUCCGCGCCUGCUCCCAGCUGCUCCCAGCUGCUCCGCCAUCCCCCCUAGCCCGCGCUUUCUGCGCGGGUCGCGUGAAACGCCGCGGCAUUCUGACGAGUCAGCCUGAGCGCAGCAGCCCAUCGGCGGCCUCAGUCCAUCGUCCCCGUUCAGGCUCAGCAGCAACUCUCAAAACUACCCCAUCCGAGUCAGCGCCGGCCUCAGUCCACCGCUCAGGCUCAGUGGCACGCUCUGCCCUCGGCGGCUGGUCAUGGCGCAUCCGCCACGUCGCACUCCGCGCUCGCCGCCGCUCGGCGCACUGCAGCUGCCGGCGGCGGCGCUCCUGCUGCUGCGGCUGCUGGCGGCGAUGGUGGUGGUGGUUCCUGGCUGUGUGGCGCAAGUCGAGAUUUUGCCCAUCCCUGGCUUCACCACGCCCGAUGCCGUCGCCUUGGCCGAAAAGGCGGCUCUCCUGGCGUUCGCGGCGGCCUUCAACAACCAUCCAGUGUUCUUCAAGUGGGGGAGCUGGGCCAACGUGUCCCUGGGAAUGACGUACAAGAACAGCAAGCCGUGCGUGCAGUUCUGGCAGUGGAUCACGUGCGACGUGGAGGGACGAGUCAACGCCAUCGACAUACCCAAUGAGGCAAUGGUGGGAAAGGAUCUAACCUACGCACGUGGCAGCACACCCGGCCCACUCAAGGGGGAGAUCCCGUGGGGCAAGAUGACGGCUCUGGCGAACCUGGUGCUCAUCAACGUGGCGGGCAACGAGGUCUCGGGCCCCGUGUUGCCUCCUGUCAUCUCCAAGUUCUUCAAGCUCAGAGAAAUAAUGUUUCAGGACAACAGGUUCAUCGGACCCAUGGCAAACGAGGUUUCCGCCUUGAAGUCACUCGAGAAGCUCGAUGUGAGCCUGAACGACAUCACGGGGGCCAUCCCUCCUGGCAUUGUCACUCUCAGGAAACUCACGUGGCUUGCAGUGGGUCAGAACCGAAUGUCCGGGGUCCUACUGCCCGCACUUGGGAACAUGACUCAACUCAAGACACUGGACAUUGGGGGCAACUCUUUCAAAGGGCCCCUGCCAGCGAGCUGGGGAGCGCUCAAGAACCUCGAGCUGCUUAAUGUGCAGAAGCUGUAUGUGGACGGAUCGUUCCCAGACGCUUGGACGGGGAUGACAUCUCUGGAGCAUUUCGUUGCACCCGCUGCCCGCAUCCGCAGCCGCUUCCCCUCCUUCCUGCUCAAGCUGAAGAGCAUAAAAGAAAUCAUCCUGUAUGACAACGAGUUGUGGGGCCCCCUGCCUCCUGCCUCCCAGCUAUUCGCUCCCACCUCCCUCACCAGCCUGGACGUGAGCUCCAAUUUCCUCAACGGCUCCGUGCCCAAAGUGCCUGCUGGCCGUGACAUUAACUUUAAGUUCUUUACCAACUGCUUCCAGCCAUCGGCAUCUGCAGACCCCUCCCUUGAGGAUCAGACCCCAAUGUUCCCUGCCGACUGCGCGCGGCUCUACUCCUCCCUCACCCUAGGACCACCCACACCGGCUGCCGCUCCCUCUUCCGCUCCCCCCUCCUCUGCUCCCCACUCCUCCGCUCCCCCCUCCUCCGCUCCCCCCUCCUCCGCUCCCCCCUCCUCCGCUCCCCCCUCCAUUUCCCCCUCCUCUGCUCCCCCCUCCUCUGCUCCCCCCUCCUCCGCUCCCCCCUCCUCCGCUCUCCCCUCCUCCACCUCCCCGUCCUCUGCACCCGCCUCCUCUCCCAUCCCUCCCCCAUCCAACAUCACCGCUGGCAGCCCCUCUCCCCCCACAUCUUCCUCCCCUUCCCCCUCGCCGCCCACAUCCCCCACUGCCUCCCCCUCUGAUUCCCCCAACAAGCCCAGCAGCAGCAGCCUUUCCGCCUCUGCUCUCUCCCCCUUGGCCUCCUGCCUGCUCCUGCUGCUGGUCAUUGCCUUGGCGUAAGAGCCGAUUUUUGAGGCACCUAAAAAUUAUCCCCUUGACUUCCUCCCUACUCCUCCUGCUGGCUACUGCCUUGGCCUAAGAGGGUGCAGAAAGGGCUUAUUGUGGGCACCUCAAAGGUCCUUUCAGUGACCUUUCCCUCUGCUCUCUCUUUCCCAUCACCUGUCUGCUGGCCCUGCUUGCCCUGCCAGUAGCUGGCUACUAGUCACUCCCUGGGCGAGGGCGGAGGCGGAGGGCUAGUUAGUUAGGAUUCAGUGACUUGGGCAGACGUUGGGGAUGGCUGUAGCGUGCUCUUGCAGGACUGUAGUGACUGCCAGCUCAAAUGGUACCACUAUGUGUGUGUGUCUGCCAGUACUGGACAUGUGUAGCUUUGUAUGGUUCACACGGGUCAGUACCACACACGAGGCAUUGGGUCAGUGAUGGGGCCUUUCACUGGUGGGCAUUUGAAUCGCUAGUGGGGCCUUGAGUUGCUGGUGGGGCCUUGAGGUGCUGGUAGGGCCUUGCUUGAAUCUCUGGUGGGGCCUUGAGUUGCUAGGUCCUCUCUCCGACAUGACAAGACACUGGGUAACCGCUGGCAAGAUUGUAACACAACUUGCAGAGUGUGCUU